AUGCAGCCGGUCCUGUCAUUUCCCGCAUCACCUUCGUCCGGUUCUCGAAAACGCUCCAUUCACGAGAUUGAUGAUGCCAACCCCCCUUCACCAAAUGCGAAGCGACCAUUAACCGAGUUCGCUGGCGAAAACCAAGAAAAUCGCGAUCCAUCUCUCUCCUCCCAAUCCGACGACACUACUUCCCCACCUGUUGAAAUCAAGCGUAAUCUUCCACCUCCCCCCUCGGUCGAAAUCGUGAUGAGACGGACACCACGUAAACUAAAUGAAGCUGGUGCCGGGGGAUUGACGCCUCCAGGCACCAAUGCUACUUCCAAUCCUGAGCCUGAUACCCCAGCCUCUAAGAAACGCAAGGUAGUCUCUACUGGUACAGAUUCCAAGCAACAAGAAAAAGAAGCCAAAGAGCGCCAGAAGGCCGAGGAGAGGGCGAAGAAGGAAGAGGAGAAGCUGAAGAAAGAGGAAGAGAAGGCUAAGAGGGAAGAAGAGAGGCGCCUCAAGGCGGAGGAAAAGAAGAAGCGCGAUGCCGAGCGCGAUGAGGAGAAACGACACAGAGAAGAAGAAAAGCGGAAAAAGGAUGCUCAACGUGAAGAGGAGCGUAAGCAGCGUGAUGAGAAGAAGAAGGCAAAGGAAGACGAAAAGGCCGCCAGGGAAGAAGAGAAGCGUAAAAAGGACGAGGAGAAGGAGAAGAAGACCCGAUCACAAAUGAAACUGAACUCCUUCUUCACCAAACCGCCGGUACCUUCCGCUCCAUCAGGACAGGUGAUCACGGCCCCUUCGCCUAAGAAGGCGUCUACCACCUCCGAUUCCUCUCGCGAAACUUGUGUCGUGCAGUCAGAUUAUGAGCGAGAGUUUCCUGCUUUCUUUCUGCAAUCUCAUACAGUCGUGGCACCUCCCCAUCAGUUUGAGCGUGACUCUGAGGCCCUCAAGCACGUACGGGAAAUGAUUGAUAAAAGCUUACGCAACGAAAUCCCAGCCCAGACACAUCCGUUCCGUCCAUCGGAAGUGUUUCAAAUAAUUCCCUUCCGUCGUGGGCCCUCAAAACCAGAGCAUAAUGCAAUCUUUGAGGCCACAAGAACUUCUUCGCAAUGUUACAAUGAAGUCCCUCAAGUUUGGCGAGGACAUCCGCCCCCCUAUCAGGGAACUUAUACCCGUCCCGUGUCCGAGUUAUCCUCGAGGAGACUUGCGCGAAAUCCCUAUCACAGAGGGCUACCGGAUACCGAUUAUGAUUAUGAUUCCGAGGCGGAAUGGGAGGAACCCGAAGAAGGCGAAGAGCUGGACUCUGAAGAAGAAGAUGAAGGCAGUGAUGAGGGCGAAGAUGAUCUCGAGGGUUUCCUGGAUGACGAGGAUGAUGCUCUUGCUGAAGGCAAACGUCGUCUCAUCGUUGGUGAUUUAGAGCCUGUCUCUACUGGAAUUAAGUGGGCUACCGAUGUAGUCGACCCUGAAAUGGAGUCCUACCGGAUGCAGACCAUAUCCGAUGCGGUCAAGUUCCCCAUCGAUCCCUUCUCGGCUGUAUACUGGGAGAAACCCAAGCCUGUGGAUCCAGUACUUGCGAAGGCGCGACCCGCGACAGCCAUAGACGGCUUCCUUGUUCCUACAGUCCCUAGAGCAGUGGCGGCGAGCAGUGCUUUACCUCCCACAUCGAAAGCGAAACGGCCAUUCCCACCAGACCAACUUGCUGAAUUUAAGGAAGCAGUUGAAGGCAGUGAUCUCAGUAAGAUUGGGUUGGUCGAGAUCUUGAAGAAACGAUUCCCCAAGGUGUCCAAGGAUACACUCAAAGCCACCCUUGACCAGGUAGCUGCUCGUGUUGGACAAAAAGAAGUUGACAAGAAAUGGGUUUGUCGGUGA